GGCCACGCCCCCUGUCGGCCGGGCUGGGGGCGCCUUUAAGAACCGGCAGCUGGCCCCGGGCUCCGUCGGGAGUGCGGGGCUGCAGACUGCGAGGCGCGAGUCCUGAGUCCAGAGGCGCUCGCGCGCCGCCGCCGUCCUCGUGGCCGUCCUGCGCAGCUCGCCGCCCUCCUGCUUGCCAGUCAGGGGCUCUACCGCCUUCGCCUUGGCCUCCUAAUCCGCCCGCGCGGCUCUCCCAGUUCCUUCGCGAGCGGGCCGGGAACCCGCGCCUUCGCGCUCUCCGCCUCGGGCCAUGGUGCCCUCCCAGGAGGAACCCGCCGCCGCGCGGGGGACUAGCGAGGCGCAGCCACCCGGCCCCGCGCAGGUGGGGGAAGCUCCGCUGCCCGACCCGGGACCCUCGGAAGGCCCGGAGGCGGCCGCUGAGAAGGUGGAGGUGGAGCCCCGGGAGCCCCCCGAGGGCGGCUGGGGCUGGCUAGUGAUGCUGGCGGCAAUGUGGUGCAACGGGUCGGUGUUUGGCAUCCAGAAUGCCUGUGGGGUGCUCUUCGUGUCCAUGCUGAAGACUUUUGGGUCCAAGGACGAUGACAAGAUGGUCUUUAAGACAGCAUGGGUAGGUUCCCUCUCCAUGGGAAUGAUUUUCUUUUGCUGCCCCAUAGCCAGUGUCUUCACAGACAUAUUUGGCUGUCGAAAAACAGCUGUGAUGGGUGCUGCUGUUGGAUUUGUUGGGCUCAUGUCCAGUUCAUUCGUAAGUUCCAUCGAGCCUCUGUACCUUACCUAUGGAAUCAUAUUUGCCUGCGGCUGCUCCUUUGCAUACCAGCCUUCAUUGGUCAUUUUGGGACACUAUUUCAAGAAGCGUCUUGGACUGGUGAAUGGCAUUGUCACUGCUGGCAGCAGUAUCUUCACGAUUUUGCUGCCUUUGCUUUUAAGGGUUCUAAUUGACAGCGUGGACCUCUUUUACACACUGAGGAUCCUCUGCAUCUUCAUGUUUAUUCUCUUUCUGGCUGGCUUUACUUACCGACCUCUUGCUUCCAGUGCCAAAGAUAAAGAGAGUGAAAGCAGCAGAUUCUCCCUCUUUUCCAGGAGAAAGUUCAGUGCUCCAAAAAAAUUUUUCAAUUUUGCGAUCUUCAAGGUGACUGCUUAUGCAGUAUGGGCAGUUGGAAUACCACUUGCACUUUUUGGAUACUUUGUGCCUUAUGUUCACUUGAUGAAACAUGUGAAUGAAAGAUUUCAAGAUGAAAAAAAUAAAGAGGUAGUUCUCAUGUGCAUCGGCAUCACUUCUGGAGUUGGACGACUUCUCUUUGGCCGGAUUGCAGAUUAUGUACCUGGUGCGAAGAAGGUUUAUCUACAGGUACUUUCCUUUUUCUUCAUUGGUCUGAUGUCCAUGAUGAUUCCCCUGUGCAGUGUCUUUGGGGCCCUCAUUGCUGUCUGUCUCAUCAUGGGUCUCUUCGAUGGAUGCUUCAUUUCUAUCAUGGCCCCCAUUGCCUUUGAGUUAGUUGGUGCACAGGAUGUAUCCCAAGCAAUUGGAUUUCUGCUCGGAUUCAUGUCUAUACCAAUGACUGUGGGCCCACCCAUUGCAGGGUUACUUCGUGACAAGCUGGGCUCCUAUGAUGUGGCAUUCUAUCUUGCGGGAAUUCCUCCUCUUAUUGGAGGUUCUGUGCUUUGUUUUAUCCCAUGGAUCCACAGUAAGAAGCAAAGAGAGAUCAGUAAAACUACUGGAGGAGAAAAGAUGGAGAAAAUGUUGGAUAACCAGAACUCUCUGCUGUCAAGCUCAUCUGGAAUCUUCAAAAAAGAAUCUGACUCUAUUAUUUAAUGUCCUAUAUACCUCCACCAGACUGGACUUGCUUUUGAAUUUUAAGCAAGUUUUCUUUUUAUAUGAAUUGCAAAUUUCUUAUUUUUUUAAUCAUAUCUUCAGAAUAGCACAAUAAUUGGGAAGUAGAACUCUUAUUAACUACAAGAACCAUUUUCUGCCACUAAAUAGCUGUCUGAUAUUUCCAGGAGUCUGAGGAAAGACUCAGUUUCAGGAAAACAUGCAUGAAAGUUAAAUAUUGUGAACAUUUGAAGUUAUCUCAGUAAAAAGCAACUUUGGAAACUGUGAAUGCUAUUAGCUUGUACAAAUAUUUAAAAAUACCUCAAGCUAUACUGAAAGGGUUGUGGUUUUUUUAGGUCUGGAAAUAUUUUGUUUGUUGUCUCAUGGUGUCUUCAGUUCUGGUACUCUUAAUUUCUUCAACUCCUUGGAAACUUUUGCAAAAUUUAAGCCUGGAUUCUAGAUAAUACCAGAUCUACCUAAACCUCAAGUCUAUGUUAAAGUUGCUUGCCUGUGAGGUAGCUAUGCAAUUAGAAUAGACUACUUGUUCCUGCAUCAAGGGACCUUCUGGAAGCAGAUGCUAACAUUGUAUUCAUUAUCAAUAUGUGAGAUGAAAAGGAUCUGCUUCAGAAGGGCAGAGCAGUUCAGGAGUAAGGCAUUUCUUCUCAUUACCUUUGUUCCCUUUGGGUUUGCAGUGUGUUUUACUCAAGUAGCCAGAAACAUCCCAGAUUUCUGAUUUGUUUCAACAAUAAAGUAAAAUAGAAUAUAAGAAAGAUAUUCUGGUGCUUUUAACUUAGACUUAUGGAUUUUUCUGACUUCUGGAUUUUUUAGCACUAGUAUUUAAAUCAAGUUUUACUGAACAAGUUAUCAAGUUGGAGUUACAGGCACAGAUGGGAGGAACAAAAUCCUUUGUAUUCCUGAAGAAAAUCUCUUUCUGACAGAAACAAUUAUUUAAAUUGGUUUAAUGAAAUUAACCUAUUUUGUCCCACUGUCCCAAAUGUGGAACAUCUAUAAAAAUUAAAUGUAUAUAACAUAUAGUAUAAUUAUAUAAUAUAUAAGAUCCAUUAACUCAUUAAGUCCCAAGUUUUCAAUUAUGUGACUAUUUCAACAACAUUGACACAGGUGUAUUAAAAUAGGUUGGAAAUAAUAACCUAUUUAAAUUAUAUGUUAAAUUAAUUAUAUAUUAUUAUAUUAGUUAUACAUAAUAUAUUAAUAUAUAUAAGCUCUAGGUUAUGAUUUUCAACCCAUUUUAAUGUACCUGUGUCAAUUUCAUUGAACUAUUUGCAGAAUUGAAAACUUAAGAGGUCAAUGGGCCUCAAAAAGUUAAAGUACUAAUAACCGAGAAUGCCUACAUUUCCAAAAUUUUCUAGCAAAAAUUUGCAUUCAUGUAUACAGUCAUACAUCACUUAAUGACCUGGGACAUAUGUUAAGAAAUUCAUCAUUAACUGGUUGUGGUGGCACAUUCCUGUAAUCCCAGCAAUUUGUGAGAUUGAGGGAAAAGGAUCAUAAGUUUGAAGCCAGACUCAGCAACUUAGUGAGACCCUGUCUCAAGAAAUGCAUCUUUAGACAGUUUCAUUGGGCAAACAUAGAAUGAACUUACACCAAGAUGGUUACAAUUUUACUAGGCAAUAUAAUCUUAUGGGACCAUCAUCAUUUAUAUAGCCUGCAUUAACUGAAAGGUUGUCACAUGAUGCUAUGUUUAUCCUAGUGUGAUCUCCAUUAAUAUUUGUUAUUUUUUUCUAUUUAUAUACAGACUUUCAUAAGAAAGCUAUUAGUUUUGAAUACCUAAAAUUAAAAACCAAGCCAUAUUCUGACACAUUAUUCACUUAUAAAAACUGGAACACUUUCUUAUGUUUGAAAUUUAUACUUCAGUACUUUAGACUUUUAAAAGUCAAUGAUAUGCAAAGUAUAUUUAAAUCCUAAGUGUAGAUGAAUAUUAGAUCUUUAUUCAUCUGUUUGUAAAUGAUCUGUAAGGUAUGAAAAUUUUAUUAGCUCACUAUUUUUCUCUUUUUCUUCUAUUAUCUUUAAAAGGCAAAGUCCUACUUUGCUCUAGUUAAGAGUGAACUACCUGGAGAGCAUAUGGGUUUGUAGUAGUUGGUUUGGGAGGAAUAGGUGUGGGGCGCUGAAGGGAUGUGAGGCUGUUAAUUGAACAGCUGGAAAAUCCAAUGAUUUUUCAGUAUCAACUUUCUCACUUACCACUUUAAAAUUUCAUAGUAUAAAUGCUAAAUGUGGAAUUUAUUUUUAAUAGGAUCUUAAAUAAUUUUGAUUAUGAAGAUAUUCAGCAAUUUACUAUCCCUGACAAAUAGUUGCAACUUACUACUACAUUUUAUCCCUGGUACUAGGGAUGGAACCUAAGGUACUCUACCACUGAGCUACAUCCCCAACCCUUUAUGUUUCAUUUUGAAACAAGGUCUUGCUAAGUUACUGAGUCUGUGCUUGAACUUGUGAUUCUCCUGCUUAAGCCACUUGAGUAGCUGGUAUUAUAGGUAUGUGCCACCAUGCCCAGCUGCAACUUACUCCUUCUAAUAGUUUUAUAUUUCAUUUUCAGGGGUCUUUGAUAAUUUGUUUGCAAAAGAUUCUAUGGCAGGAAUUUUAAAAAACUACAUUUUGAUUACACUGCCUUUUCAUGUUCAUAUUUCAUGAUAAUAUAGUCUAUUAAAUCCUUAAUUUAUUCACCCCCAGUUAUCCAGAACAUUACUUCCACACUAUUAUUACAUUUUUGAAAAGUUCAAUAAAGACACAAUUAAAACUAAUCAUCAGGGCUGGGGUUGUGGCUCAGUGGUGUAGUGCUUGCCUCUCAUGAGUGGGGUACUUGGUUCCACCCUCAGCACCACAUAAAAAUAAAUAAAUAAAAUAAAGUCAUUGGU